AGAGCUGGGGGGGGCCUCGGCCCUCCCCACACAGGCGGUGGAGAGGCUGCUCUGCUGCAAUGUCACCAGCGUCACUGCCACUGCAGGCUGCUGGCAUCUGCCGCUGCCGCAGGCUCCGGGGCCACCAGGCACUGUGUGAAGCAGAGACUCGGCCGGCCACAUGGGCAGCACCAUGGAGCCCCCCGGGGGUGGGUACCUGCACCUGGGCGCUGUGACAUCGCCUGUGGGCACGGCCCGCGUGCUGCAGCUGGCCUUUGGCUGCACCACCUUCAGCCUGGUGGCCCACCGGGGCGGCUUCGAUGGCGUCCAGGGCACCUUCUGCAUGGCCGCCUGGGGCUUCUGCUUCGCGCUCUCGGUCCUGGUGGUGGCUUGUGAGUUCACCCGGCUGCACAGCUGCCUGCACCUGUCCUGGGGAAACUUCACAGCAGCCUUCGCCAUGCUGGCCACGCUGCUAUCCGCCACAGCUGCGGUCAUCUACCCACUGUACUUCACCCAGCUGGAGUGCCUACCCGAGCCCGCGGGCUGCACAGCCAGGGACUUCCGCCUAGCAGCCAGCAUCUUCGCCGGGCUCCUCUUCCUGGCCUAUGCCACGGAGGUGGCCCUGACCCGGGCCCGGCCAGGCCAGGUGGCCAGCUACAUGGCCACGGUGUCGGGACUCCUCAAGAUCGUCCAGGCCUUUGUGGCCUGCAUCAUAUUUGGGGCGCUGGUCCACGACAGCCGCUACGGGCGCUACGUGGCCACCCAGUGGUGUGUGGCCGUCUACAGCCUGUGCUUCCUGGCCACAGUGGCCGUGGUGGCCCUGAGCGUGAUGGGCCACACGGGGGGCCUGGGCUGCCCCUUCGACCAUGUAGUGGUGGUGUAUACCUUCCUGGCUGUGCUCCUCUACCUCAGUGCUGCAGUGAUCUGGCCUGUCUUCUGCUUCGACCCCAAGUACGGUGAGCCUGGGCGCCCCCCCGACUGCCUGAAGGGUAGCUGCACCUGGGACAGCCAGCUGGUGGUGGCCACCUUCACCUAUGUCAACCUGCUCCUCUACGUCGCCGACCUGGCUUACUCCCAGAGGAUCCGCUUCGUGCCUACCUUGUAGCCCGACAGGCAGCGGCCCACCCACCUCUGCUCUCCAGGGCUCAGGCACCAUGAGGGGACCCAGGUGAGCCCAGACUUCCAGGGACAAGCCAGAGGGAGGCAGCCAGUAGAGCCAUGACUGGGCUUCUGGCAGUGCUCAGCAGCUCAUCUCAGGGAGGGGCAGAGGGGGGACAGAACAGGUCACGGGGAAGGAGUCUGCCAGGCAGCUCCCAGCCCCUCUCUCCCCGUCUCUCUCUCUGUCUUUGUCUCUCUCUGUCUCUCUCCAUCUCUCUUCAUUUGCUGGCACACCCUGCCUCCGUGCUGGCCACUGUAACACAUGAGAAGACUUUGAAGCAGGUGCUGUUGUGACCCACUUUGCAGAUGGGGACCCUGAGGCUAGGAUUAAGAAGUUGGCCCCAAGCAUCCAUAAACGUCUGGAGACCACAUUUGGGCUGAGUAAACUAAGUAGUGUGAAAAAGGAGCGUGGUGAGCCUGCGCUUCCUCUAGCCUUGAAGGGGCAGUUCCUGGAGCCCUGGAAGGACAGCUAUCCAAGCAGGGCCCUGCUGCGGCAUCUGUGCCAACUCGAGGAGGAGCUGGGAAUCAGGACCCCGCCUUGCCGCCUCUGAGCGGCCACAGCUUUGGAAGCUGAGCAAGGACUCUGGUGUGGUCACACAGGGCAGCCUCAUCAUGCUGGAGACAGUGCAGGCUUGGAGGGACCCAUGGGGCGGCAACACUGACAAGAGCACAGCAUGCUAAGAAGCCGGGUUCCCACCCAGGCAGGGAGCCACCACUGGGCCCCUGCUGUCUGCCCCGAUGCGGCAGCUUCUGCAGUGCCUGCCAUGGGCCCCGGGGGGCUGGCCUAGGGCAGCCCUGACCCAGGAGAGGACCAGCCUGGGGCAGCCACUGGGGCAUGGAGCCUGGGCACCAGGCAUCACCCUGGUGCUCACAGGCCCACCACCUCUGUUCAAGUGUUCAUUUGCCUGGCUGCCAACCACGAGGGCCUGCUGGGGCCAUUGUCCUCCCCACUCCAGGGAGCUUCUCCCACUCAAGAACCCAGACUGGGCCAGCCCAGAGCAGCGCACUAGCUGCCGAAGCACAGGAGCCGCUCAGCCCAUAGACUGGCCCCUGGCCUUGAGCAGGAACUAAACACCAACGCUGAUGUGCACGGAGAAGUUUCUGCUUAGGGGGUGGUAGCCAAAGGGGGUGGUGGCCAGCUGUACUUCCUGGGUCAUCCACCAGCAUGUUCCCAGAGAAGAGCCUAGACUGGGCUUGGCUGAGGAAGGAGGCAGCUGCGGGAGGGCUGGGGCACUCUGGGGGUAAGAGUGCUCUCCCGAGGAAGUAGUGUCCUCUCCCCAGCUGGGUGACAGCAAGGGGCGGAUGGGGGUGGGGAGCUCUCGGCCCUCACCACCACCGCUGGGGUUUCCAAGGGCCCUGGGCAUAGCAGUGGGCAGAGGGGCUGCGACAGCCGUGGCAGCAGAGCCCAAGCAGCUGUUAGGCCCGGGCUCCAAGGGCUCCCUGUGCCGGCACCAUGCACAGUGUGAGAGAAGUGGCCCGCCCGCCCGCUGGGGAGGGUACUCGCACAGGGGUCCUUUACCUGGAGAGGCCCGUCUUCAGCAGCAGAUCCCUGAGGGGGCAGGGACCCCUGUGUCCUGAGGCGUCCUGAGGGCCCUGCUGGCUGAGGGAGGGUGGCGGUUGGGAGUGUGUUACCAGGUGCCAAAGGAGCAUAUGGGCCACACCCUUCCCAGCUCACAGGGAGGCCUAGACAGUCUUCCUUUCCUAAUCAAAUUUCUGAAAUGAGUUAUCUGUCACCAACUCUCAAUUUCCUCACUGUCCUAUGGACUUCUGCCCCCAGAGCUCCACCCAGCCUAAGUUUCAAAGAUCCUGAGGGGGAGAGAGAGGAGGCAAGGGGUUCCAGGGCUCAAGAUAAGCAUGGCAGAUGUCGACUGGCCUCCGGGAGGCUGCCCUGGGGAUUGUCUUCAUGCUAUUCUCUCCCCGGAUCAGAGGACUCUUGCUCUUUGGAGGAAGGAGUUAUUUGUCGUCGUCACUUGAGAAACAAUACUUUUUAAAGGAUGGACUCUGUUCUCUGAUUAUAUACAGUCAGUUAAAAUGGAGUGGGACCCCCAAGUUUGCGUCUAUGGGUUUGAGUCUGGGCCACUCCCUGAACAGUCCACUUUGGACCAGAUCUUACUAUAGCUCCUCCCUCAGAGGGUGAGGACUGAACACCAGAAUAAACAUACGAGGAGGCCUGGACAUCUGCCGCGUACACACGCUCACUACAGUGGUCUGGUGGUGUUGAUGUUGGUCAUUAUUAUGUCAAGGAGAACUCACAGCCCUGCUUCUGCGGCACAAUCAUUCCAAGUAACACUGAAAUUACAUUUCAGAACAGUUUGUCGUCAUUUAAGAUACAGAACCGAAAAAAUAAAGCACCCCCACCCCCUCCCCUGGUGGGGGGAUGGGAUGUCAAUGAUGA